GCACGCACACACACACACACACACACACACACACACACACACACACACACACACACACACACACACACACACACACACACACACACACACACACACACACACACACACACACAAAGGCUUAGCCGUCCCCAUUAAACAUUAAGAUAAUCUGUUUUUAAACGGCUCAAUCGAGCGCCAUGACUCCGGACGACGAGGGAAAGCAAUUCUUGCUGGUCUUUUAGUCCCAGGGAGAUGUCCUUUGUCUCCCUGAUAAGCCUCUUCACAUCAUCGAGAGGCUUCACCACCAGUCCGUUCAGCUGAUGCUCCUCUCUCUGGUCGCUCUCUUGACUCUGCUUGAACUUGACCUCCAGCUCCAGCAGAGACGCGUCCACGCUGGUGAAGGCUUCAAAGAUCUGAGACAACUCCCGCCGCAGAUACUUCCCGUAGCCCUCGUCGCCGUCCAGGUCGUACGAUAUAGUCCUCACGAUGCCAUCAAGCAGUCUGGCCGUGUCCUCCACCUGAUGCCUGGCGAUGAUGAAGUCGUCCCGGAUCACCGAGUCGCUGUCCUCGUUCGCGUCACAUCUACGCGCGUCCGAGAAUCGGAACAACAUUUGACAUUUCUCGGGGUCGUCGUAUUCUUCAAAAUCACCGUCCGGAACAAAGAAGUGAUGGAAAGUCCCGUUGGAAAGCUCGGGCUGCAGGGGCCCGCUGUAGACAGCGGUGUGCAACGGCAAGCACAUCACCAUGAGAACCAGUGGUCCUACAGAACCUGAGCCCAUCAGUUCCUCGUUGCGUCCUCCCAUUCUGUCUGCUGCGAGCCACUCCGCUCUCUGCACGAACUUCUGCAGUAGCAGCAGCAGCAGUGAAAACGCACACACGUUUCAUUUGGACUCAGGUUACACUCGAGCCGUUUCCUCUCAGGCACAGCUUGCCUCUGGCAGAGCCUCCACCAACCACAUUCAGCCAUGCAAAUGUACAAGUUACCAUGUCCUAUAUUGGCUUCCAUCAAUAAUACCUUUCAUCGUAUUGCCUAUAUAUGUAUACAUGAUAUCUACUUUUCUAACGUCAUAACGUCUGGUAUUACAGUAAGGGAGAAUUUUGUUGUGCAGACAGUGGUCAGGAAUGUCAUGAUGUUUAUAAUGACACAUAAGCAGGCUGUGGCCUUCAUCAUCAUUCCCACCGGAGGACCUCUAGUUAAUACCGGACCUGCCAAGUUAAUGUUUAACAUUUAUCUCUCAUUUAAAAUCCUCUCAACAAGUCUAUUAUCUGCCAAUGCAAAGUGCAUUCCCUCAAUCAUCAACCUGCCGGGGGGACAGAUGCACCGUUUACAUUUCUUGAAAAAAUAGCGAUAACCUUCCCAAGCAGAGGCUGUAAAGACAGGAAAAAGCAGGAAAGCCGCCCAGCAGUUCCUCCACCAUGACGGUCUCAGAGAGCCCCGUGGGGACCUUCGUGACCUGGGACUACGUGGUCUUCGCCCUGCUCUUCGUGGUCUCCUCAGGGAUAGGGGUCUUCUUCGCCAUCAAGGAGAGGAAUGCCGUCUCGUCCAAGGACUUCCUGGUCGGGGGCCGGCAGAUGACGUGUGUCCCGGUGGCCCUGUCCCUCACGGCCAGCUUCAUGUCGGCCGUCACCGUGCUGGGGGCUCCGGCCGACGUCUACCGUUUCGGGGCCUCCUACAUCCUGUACGCCAUCGCCUACACCUUCGUGGUGGUGGUGACUGCCGAGCUCUUCGUCCCGGUCUUCUACGCCUCAGGGAUCACCAGCACCUACGAGUACCUGGAGCUCCGGUUCUGCAGGAGUGUGCGUGUGAUGUCCACGCUGCUCUACCUGGUGCAGACAAUUCUUUACACAGGAGUAGUGGUGUAUGCCCCGGCCCUGGCUCUCAACCAAGUGACAGGCUUCAACCUGUGGGGCUCUAUAGUGGCCACGGGCAUCGUGUGCACGUUCUACUGCACCUUGGGGGGGCUGAAGGCGGUGGUCUGGACAGAUGCCUUUCAGAUGGUGGUCAUGGUGAUGGGUUUCCUCUCCGUGCUGAUCCAGGGGGCCCAGAGUGUUGGGGGGGUGGAGGCCAUGUGGAGCAAGGCCCAGGCGGGGGGCCGGCUGGAUGUCUUUGACUUCGACCCCAACCCGCUGAGACGCCACACCUUCUGGACGCUGUCCAUCGGGGGCACCUUCACGUGGCUGGGCAUCUACGGGGUCAACCAGUCCGUCAUCCAGAGAUGCAUCUCCUGCAAGACCCAGACCCACGCCAGACUGGCGCUGUACCUCAACCUCCUGGGUCUGGUGGUCAUCCUGUGCUGCGCCGUGUUCUGCGGCCUCAUCAUGUAUGCCUUCUACGCCGACUGUGACCCGUGGUCCGCGGGGCGCGUGUCAGCCCCAGAUCAGCUCAUGCCUUACUUUGUGAUGGAGAUCCUGGGGGAGUUCCCCGGGCUGCCCGGGCUGUUUGUGGCGUGUGCCUUCAGUGGAACCCUCAGCACCGUGGCCGCCAGCAUCAACGCACUGGCCACGGUGACGUACGAGGACUUUGUGAAGCACUGCUGGGCAAAUCUCUCCAACACAGCCACCACCUGGACCAUCAAAGGCCUUUGUGUCAUCUUUGGAAUAGCCUGCACCUCCAUGGCAGUAGUGGCCUCCUACAUGGGAGGAAUCGUUCAGGCGGCUCUCAGCAUCCAUGGGAUGUGUGGGGGCCCCAUGCUGGGAAUGUUCUCCCUCGGCAUCCUGUUUCCCUGCGCCAACUCUAAGGGCGCCAUCGGAGGGUUUAUCGCCGGAAUUGCCGUGGCCUUCUGGGCCGGGAUUGGCGCCUUUAUCUACCCUGCCCCGCCCUUCAACUCAAGGCCCUUACCCCUGAUCACCGAUGGGUGUCCAUGGCUCAACUCAUCCAUCACCCCUGCCACCGACACACCCUUCCUCACCUCUCUCCCCCCCAGGCCGCCCCUGGCUGACUCCUGGUACUCCUUGUCCUAUCUGUACCUCAGCGCCGUGGGCUUCAUCACCACCCUCAGCGUUGGCCUGCUGAUCACCUCCCUCACCGGAUUCAACAAGGGCAAUAAUGUGGAUCCACUGCUCGUGAGGCCGGUGGGAAAUCUGUUCUGCUUCUGGUCCGAGAGGGGAAAGCAAAUGUGCUGGGGGGGUGCCGAAGCUAAACCCCGAGAGCAGGAGCCCAAAUGUACGGACCCAAAGGACGAGGGGCAGAGCAGCAAAGCGAUGGGAGAGGAGUGGCUGGAGACCACACGGACGGGCGCUCCCGACGGGGAGGAGAAGUGUUACUCCAACGCAGGGUUUGUCUCAGAGACACACUCCUUUUAAACGGGACAAAUGCCCUCUGGCAAAGAACCUGGAAAUACGUUAUUUAAUAUGACCCGUUCAGUUUGGUCCCAUGCGUGGGACAUGCGAUGUGAUGAAAGACUCUUUCAAGAAAAACAUUCAUAAUUCAAUAAAAGAAUAUAAACAAGUAAUAUUCAAACAACUUUAUUACAUCCGUUUCAUACAGUUUCUGUUUCAAUAUGUAUUUUAUUUAUUCAUUUUUUACAUGUAAACAGUAACAUAGUUAACAAUGUUAUUGAUACAUGCCAUCUCACAACUGUUACUGUAUAACAACAUCGUAUUAUACAACAGAAUUAUUUAUGGUCAUGAUCAUGAUGUAGUUUUUUCGAAUAACUAUUCUACCUUCUCGACAACAAUCCUACAUUCUUACUUCAAUUGCAGAAAUAGAGUUAAAGAACAUAAAUGUCCAGUCUUUGCCAAGACCAUUAUGUGCAAGUCCACGCUUAUAUUACUUUGAAUACCAUUCUCUGAUUCUGCUAUUGCCAACGCUGGAGGGAGUGUAACAAUACCCUUUCAUUGCUUCCAUAUGCUUCUUGAAAAGGGUGAGCUGGUGCAUUGAGCACAAAGCCAGUAGCAGAUCAAAGUAUUACAGAGGAGAGAGCGAGAGCCAACCUCACAGUCUUCAGAAUAUAUCUAUAUUCCUUACAUAUUGUAACCCCUUCACAAAAGAUAAUAUAUUUAAUUUAUUUAAAAUUUUGUUUGCACUGGAAGACGAGUGUUGUGAACCAUUUAAAGUGACCUCUCAAAUAUAAAGCCAGCAGCCUUUGUUGAGGAUUCUCUAUUAAAAAGAGUCUUCCGAGCAUUAACAACAAAUGAAAAGUUUAUACAUAAGUGGUCCUAAAGAUCAACAGAAGAUCAAAGAUCAAAUCAUUUUCACAAGUUCAAAUCAGACACAAGCCAUGCAUACGAAACGUGGGACGAAGGUAGGAGGACAUUUGCACUUGUUCUCUGAAAUCUAAAAAGGCAUCUGAAAUAUCUCAUGACUGCAGCGAUUCAUUUAUUACAACAUGCAUAGAUUUUCGAAAAGUCACAAACCGAGGAACAUACAGUUGACGCCGGCCUAGGCUCACAACCUGUCCUUCAUUUCCUUCCUUCUGAAGUGUGGGCAGAAUGUGUAAGAAAUCACAAAUGGCAAAUAUAACCCAGGAAGUGUAUGUUUGUGAUGCGGUCCCGCCUCAGAGGACCAGGGGGAUGUCGUUACGUCUGUGAGGCUAUGUGUCGUUAGAUUUGAUCGUUCAUGAUGAUUAUUAUAUAGUUGACAAUGUAUGAAGUGUGAUUUGAAUUGGAAGUAGUAAACAUCAUUUGAAUAAGUAACAACCAUUUGUCAGUGAGUUUUUAUCAAUAAAGCUGUGGAUUAUUCAUGCAGAUGCAUUUCAUGGUUCUAAACCCCUGAAGGAUGGCAAGGUACCAUGAGGCUGGGAGAGAGCACCAUGCACAAUGGCUGCACUCAAGCCAUCCAUAGGAAACCAUGGUGUUCAUGAUGAAUAUGUACACCAAAAUAAGGACAACAAGACAUAAUGGGCUAAUGAUCACAUUUAAAUAAAUUACGCGAUGACAUCAUAUGAUAAGGAAACCAAAUUUGAAGUCAUAGGAACAAAGUAAAAUGCCUGUAACUUUAACAUAUGAAAUGACUUUCUCUUUACGGUCACUUCCAUUGAA